CCCAAAUUUUUGAAUUGUCGAUGUAGUACAAUAUAUAUAAACAUUGAUGUACACGAUUUGGUUUUAUUAUACUAAACUUUAAGUCCGUAUACUUUAAAAUUACACGAAUCGGAUUUCGGAUAAUAUCACCGAACGGUCAUAUGAAAAAGGUCAAGAACGUUUCCAUGGAGAUGUCGGGGAUGGUUACGUAUGGUUGUCAUCUGCACGUUGACAGUACGACCCGGUUUUUCCUGUUCACGCUCAUCACAGUCGCUUCCAUUGGCUUGUUCAUUCAGAUUAUGUAUCUAUAUGGAGACUCGCCUGGCAUGAAAGCGGCACUUCCUGCAGAAUAUUCACUGGCUGGGAGAAGAAUCAUGUACGGCCGUUUGUUCAACAAUGUCGAUGUGUCACAAAUCAAGUUAUCAAAUCCAAAACCAAUUAGAGAGAAAGCGAAAUUCAUCCCAUAUCAGGCAUUCGGAAGAGAGACAACUUUUGUGCGAUCGAACGAAACAGUUAACAACAGGUCUUACGUCAUCAUUAACGAAUUUAAACCAAAAACUAGUGGACAGAAAUAUUACUUAUACAGACAUCCAACAAAAAUAUCGGGCAACUUUAACGGAAAUAUUACACGGCACGUGAAUAAUCCUGGCGCAUUUUCCGUUGCUUCGGAUAGGAAUAUCUAUAUAAUGUCCGUAUUUGGGAGGUUUAUUAACCGGAAGACGGGAGAAAGAUCUCAGUCCAAACAACCGGAUCCCGACAAGGAAAAUCUUCUCAUUGUUUUGGUUGGAUGGCUGAAGUAUGAUUUGUUUAACUCGUCCUUGCAGUGCUGCUUGUUGCUUGCAAAUGACAGCAUUGUUUGUACACCCAAUGCCAAACGAUUAAUCUGGACGCAGGUGAAUAAACAGCCGCUGAUGGCGGUAAAGUUUUUCUGCCCGGUUCCGAAAGAACUGAAAUAUUCGCACGUGAAAGGAGCCACGAUGUCGCUUGUGACGGAAAACUGUCUCAACAAAAAAUUUGCAGCGGUUGAAUAUGUCAAACGACAGGCUCAAGAUUCGAUUGCAGUGUGCGCUAAAAUCGUGUAUGGUACUAUGUCGGCACAGCGGUUGAUAGAAUGGUUUGAAAUUCAAAGGUUCAUCGGUGUGGACAAAGUUUUAAUGUAUUUUUAUAACGUCAACGCAGAGACUGUGAAUGUUUUACAGCAAUACUCACAAGAAGGAUUCGUUGACUUACGGCCAUUUGACUUCCCAGAAGCAGACACGAAUUACCGCUAUGUUGGUCAAAAGGACGCUCAGCCGUUUAUUGAUGAACAGGUCGUGCUGUACGAGGCUAUGGAACGGUUACAAGGUUACACGUUUACGGCCGUUAUUGACGUCGAUGAGGUCAUUUACGCUAGAACCAGUCAUAAACAUAAUCUGAAACGAUUUAUUUUACAGUUAUAUCGUCGAUGUCCAGAAGCCGCCGGGUUUAGCUUUAAAACCGAGUUAUUUAUAACUGACUGGGAAAACAAAGAGGACAAAGGGCCGGAAAUGAAUAUGUUUUAUCACACGAAAUACCAGAAUAGAACCCGUCCCCUUGAAGACCGGACAAAAAAUAUUCUCGUGAUGGACAGAAUUAUCCUUGGCUCUGUGUGGACACACAAUUAUACGUCACUUCCGCAAUAUAAAAAAUUUCAAGUACCAGCAUCAAUGGGUACCUUAAAACAUUACAGACCGUGUCGCAAAAAUUGGCAUUGCUUCCUUCGGCGCGGCUAUAGGGAUCAAACUAUUGCCGGACUAAUGGGAAACAUUAAACGAAAUGUUUCAAACAAAUUCAACAAAUUGUUAGACAAAUCUACGCUUAAUGCGAUUAAAGAAAAUGCAACUAAUGGCUCAAAUUAUCAAGGUGGUAGCGUGCAAUCUCGUCCGGUUCAUAAAACGAACAAUACUAUUUUUAGCAACAAGAAAAUCUCGUGAUGACGAUGGUAAUAACUGUGUGACAAAUGAUUUUGCUCCAACUACUACGUUAUGCAUAUUGACAAUUUUGCGACAAAUAAGUGCGCUCUUACUAUACGUUUUGAUCAAGUUAUAUGGUAUCGAAAACGGUUAGGGUUUUAUGGGAAAAGACAUAUGAGUGUGAUAUGGAAUAAAUGAAGAUAAUGUAAUUCAAAUGUCCCCAACGGUCUUUCGUAUAUAUUUGCUAAUUACUGUAUUCUAGAGCCGUUUGCCAGUCAUUUUUACGCAGUUAAAAUGAUUAGAGAACAAUUAUCACAUAAUAUUAUACAAAAAUGUGCGAAGGGAGACAAUUCAAUUUUUACAUUUGAUUGAGAAACAAUUUUUCCAAGAUUGUUACUUUAAGAUACGGUCAUAAAAAACAAUGUUAUUAAUGCAGGGAGAUAUUAAUAUUAGAUAUUCUUGUGUGGCAAGCUUCAGAAUGGUGUGAUAAAGAUACAAGUUUUGAUAGUAAUAUUGAAUGUAUUAAAGAGAU